AUGUGUAUGACAUGGCGUUCCAAUGUGGAACUUCUUCUUAAAGAUAUAACACAGUCCGAUCUUUACAAGUCACGAAAGCUUCUUGAAAGUCUCUUAUCACCCGCCAUUGAUAUUGUGAAGCACCUGACACCGGAUUCUUCUCUUAGUGCGUACUUAGAGAUCUUGGACUCUGCUUUCGGCACAGUCGAGGACGGAGAUGACCUCUUUGCAAAGUAUCUCAACACAAUGCAGGAUAAUGGUGAGAAACCUUCAGCUUAUCUACAACGGCUGCAGGUGAUGUUGAGCACCACCCUCAGAAGGGGAGGUGUAACUGCAAGCGACCUUGAUCGGCAUCUUCUCAAGCAGUUUGUCAGAGGUUGCUGGGAUAACAUCUUGAUAGCUGAACUCCAGCUAGAACAAAAGAAGCAGAAUCCACCUACCUUUGCUGAACUUCUCCUGUUACUCCGCACAGCAGAAGAUAAACGUUCUUCCAAAGCUUCACGCAUGAAACAGCACUUCAAUGUUUCAAAACCAAGAGUGUCUUCUCAUUAUCAAGGUGUUUAUGUGCAGGGUGAAGAAGACUGCAGCUCAUCUCAGCCAGCUCCUGAUCACAGGUCUGAAAUCCAAGACUUAAAGAAACAAAUAGCUGAUCUGCAGUCCCAGCUUGCACGUAUCACACAGAAAGACAGUAGAAAAGCUAAAUCAGCCGCCAGACCACUAGCUCCCCAAACAGCUAACACACAUUCCCCAGCUAUCACUCACACGUCUCAAAGGCUGCAGCCCCACAGCCGAGAUGCAAACAUCAGCACAAGCAAUAGACCAAGGCCCUGGUAUUGCUUUAGAUGUGGAGAGGAUGGGCACAUUAAGCCUCAGUGUGAAAGUGAGCCGAACCCAUCUCUUGUGGCUGAGAAGAGGAAGCAGUUAAAAGAAAAGCAGUUAGCAUGGGACAGUCAACAUGGCGCUUCAAAGCCUGAUCCUUUAAACUAGACCCAGUUCCGGUUGUGGGACAAACGGGGACUGGAACACAGGCAAAGUGUCCCAAAAAGAAGCUGCACAGAGCCCAUGUGUACUC